CCCAACAGCACAAGACCUGAGGACAUUUUUGUGUCUGUGCCAGACUCUGGAGCCUUGGGAGCCUGCAGGCGCCUUCAGCAUGGGCGAGCAGUGUCUUCCAGCUGCUGCGACUCUCCUGGCUGCUUUCAUGGUGGUCUCGGCUUCUGUCCUGCCCCUUCCUUCUGCUCACAAAGACUCUGGCCAGUCACCCUUGGCCCCUGGUGCAUCUCAUCUGCAAGUCAGCAAGAGGGCACUUCUGGCACUAGGCGUCCUGACAAAGACCUCUGAUAACAUCAUUUCCCUCCUUGGUGGGGAAUUGGAAGCACCUGGGAAAAGGGCAGAAGCCCUCUCUCAGGGGGCAGCUGGGGGCCACAAGGCUCCUGGAAACUUGUCCUUGGAUUCCUCCUCACACCAGCUGACCCCUAUGGGAAAAACUGAGGUCUCGGGCAAGGCCACACCUGGCCCAGCAUCAUCAUUACUGACUGAGUCCCAGUCAGAAGCCUUAGUGACUGAACCUGCAGACACGAUGUUGGCCCCUGGAACUCGGAAGAUUACUGCCAUGUUACAGUCGUGGGCUUCUCCUGUCCGUGGGACUGGGAAGAACUUCAAGAUCCCUGGAUCGUCUGUGACAGUCCAGGCUCCUGCCUCUGCAACCCUGGGGGCAUCUGCCACCCCUAGACCAACUCAGGUGUCAGCUACAGCACCCCUGGUCCCCACCACUCCUACACCCCAACGACCACCAGCCUGGCUCUCCGUCAGGCAUACCCCCAUUCCCAGUGUCCAGAUGCCAUCUGUCUCAACAGCAGGUUUCUUCAGGCCAGAAGCCUUCCCAUCUCUGACAUUGGCACCAAGGGGCCCAGGGAAGGCAGUGUCCUUGGUGUCCUUGGUGUCCCCAGGCCGACUUGAGUCUGCUGUGUCAAUGGCUAACACACAGCCAGACACAGAGUCCCUUGCCCCUGCAGUUCCAGAGUUGUCAGGGCUGGACAUGACCUCCCCUGCCCUUGUAGCAGGCUCAAGACUACCCCAAGCUGCUGUGGCUUCUGGCCUGGGGCCCAGUGGUCCCCUGGGGCCAUUGCCCUCAGUAUUGCCAUUCUUCUCCCCACAGCCCUCAGCAGCACUGCCCCUGUCUCCCUCCCCAUCAGCCAUAUCUUUGUCACUGUCACCUUCCCUGUCACCACCACCACCACCAUCCCCAGUCCUGGCCCAGUUUCCUCCCUCACCACCAGAGCCAGAAGUCCUCCUCCGCGCUUGGAGUCUGCGCCAGUGUCUUCGACCCCAGAUUCUCCCCUCACACCUGCCCUGCUACCCGCGACAGUUCCACAGCCAGCCACGCCUCAAGGGACAUCUUCCCUCCGCUGCCCCUAGCACUGGCUCCCCCAGGGUCCCUGCAGGUGCUGACCCCACCCAGCCUUACGCCUUGCCUCACCCUGGCCAGGCCGUCUCUUUGCAGGACUCAACAUCCUCCGCCCCAGAACCCAGUUACAUAACCCACUACGUGACCUUCAAGAUCUCCAAUGAAGCCUUCUCGGCUUCACAGUGGAACCCUGUGGCCCUGGAGCACCGGCUGCUGAAUGAGCACGUCCACCAUGAGCUGCAGUUCAUCUACCACAGGGCCUUCCCCAGCUUCCAGGACGCCUGUAUCCUGGAGUUCAGGCCUGGCUCUGGAUCUGUAAAGGCCUCCCUUGUGUUCGGGGGCAGGGCUCUGGGCCCCUCUGCCCGGGAAGUCCUCUGGAUUUUGUACCGCCAAGUGAAGGCCUCUAGGGGCAUGCUGGGGCACCUGUUCCUGGAUGAGAGCAGCCUUGCUGCUUCCGGGUCCCCCCUCACCGACUUAGCUCUGGAGACCAUCUGCAUCAGUUUCACGGCCAUGAAGCCCUUCCUGCCCGAGCUCGUCCUGCCUGGUUCUGCUCCCUUUGUCCUGCUGGAAGACCAGAUCCUCCACCUGGUCACCCCUGUGGUGUCGAGAUUCUACAAGGAGCAUCCCCAGGAAGGCCCCCUGCUCCUUUUCAGUAACGCAGACCAAUGGGUGAGAGUGUCCAUGGAGUACAAGUUCCAGAACUCUAUCCCCACCCACCUUAGAGGCCUGGCCAAUCACCUGGCUCACAGCAUCAUGGAUCCCAUCCUCCAGAAAUCCAGCAUUGUGGCCAAUGGGGAGAAGGCAGAGCUGGUGCUGUAUGAGAUGUGGCUGCAGAUCCUAGGCCAACCCUUCACCAAGGCCUUGAAGGACAAAACCAGCCCUGAGGCCCAGAAGCUUCGGCAGCAGCUAACGAGAUGGCUGACCAGGGGGCUCAGGUCUCUGCAGAACUUUGGCCAAGUGGUGGUGGAGGAGUUCCAGCCAGAACCACUGACUGCCAAAGUAGGUGCCAUCUUCUUUGGGGCCACACCAGCCCAGACCCUCAUUCAGGACAGCGUGCAUCAGGCCCUGUACAUCCUGCAGAAAGAUGAGGGCCUCCGGGUAGAGAUGGUCACCCUAGCCCUCGGCACCCGCAGCUCCGGAGCCUCCUGUCAGCCUGGCACCCCCAGCUCCGCGCUCCUCAUCCUGAACCUCCUGCUUGUCACACUCAUCCUUUUCCUGGCAAGUAUCUGGCUGGGCAGGGGCUCCUUCCUGGAGGGCAGACUGAGCCUUUGGGCUCAGAGCUCACUUUCUAACUGAACCUAGGGUCCCCU